GGAAAGUGACUCUUGAGCAAAGAUAGUCUGCCAAUUUACACCGUAAAACUACAGCUUGUAUUUUUUGAUCUCACUAAUCUGUCUCGAAAGUUGGCGUCGGAUCGACAAUGGAAAACGGAUUGUCUUUGCGAGUUAGUGUGUUUUCCGAUCAGGGAGGCAGGAAAUAUAUGGAGGACGUAACCGAGGUUGUAGUGGAGCCAGAGCCGGGUGAAGAUGAAUUGAGUUCAGGCGAACAUGGCGAGACGGAGGUGGACAAUAUUGUUGGUGAUUGCAAGUCCGAAAUUUUUACUACGGAGCAGAUUUCUGCAAAUGCAUCAAAAAGUUUGACAACCUCCCCUGUAUCCACUACAACUGAAUGUACCCAAAGCGACGAAAGUCUCUCGGCAGCUCGACCAGUUUCAAUUCUCGAUAGUUCGCUGACCGAGACCCGUUCACGGCGGUCUGUUGCUUUUUUCGCGGUAUUUGAUGGGCAUGGGGGGCGAGAUGCAGCACAGUUCGCCAGGGAUCAUUUGUGGGAUCUCAUUAAAAAACAACGAGGUUUUUGGUCAGAGGAUGACGGCGAGGUGUGUGCCGCCAUCCGUAAAGGAUUCAUUGCCUGCCACCAUGCCAUGUGGAAAAAACUACCGGAAUGGCCAAAGACUCUUACAGGGCUUCCGAGUACGUCAGGCACAACAGCUAGUGUUGUUGUGAUCCGAGGCAACCGCAUGUAUAUAGCCCAUGUUGGGGACUCCGCUGUGGUACUGGGAGUUCAGGACGACCCGUCUGACCAGUUCAUUCGGGCAGAGGAGCUUACCCAGGACCACAAGCCUGAACUCCCGAAGGAAAGGGAAAGGAUUGAAGGACUGGGGGGCAGUGUUAUUAAAAAAUCUGGGGUGAACCGUGUGGUGUGGAAGAGACCGAGACUGAGUCACAAUGGGCCAGUUAGAAGGAGUACUGUUAUAGACCAAAUUCCCUUCCUUGCUGUUGCUCGGGCUCUGGGUGAUCUGUGGAGCUAUGACUUCUACAGCGGGGAGUUUGUAGUUUCACCUGAGCCUGAUACCUCUGUCGUCACCCUGGACCCAAAGCGGCACCGUUACGUCAUCCUUGGCAGUGAUGGGCUGUGGAAUAUGGUACCCCCCCAGGAUGCAGUUUCUAUGUGCCAGGACAACGACGAAGCUAUGGCAAAGUGUGGCGUUUCCAGUGCCCGGCAGCUGGUCAGCCAUGCCUUACUCCGCUGGCGCCAACGCAUGCUCCGUGCAGACAACACCAGCGCUAUAGUCAUCUGCUUGCAGCCACCAGGAGUUGUCGAGGAGCCUUUGCAUCAAGAGGAAGUCCUACUGAAUCUAGCAGAGGGUUCCCGAUGUUACCCCACUGAAGGACCCUGCUCCAGCACUCUUCUCAUCAAGAUGCCUGAUAUCCAAGUCCCGUCUCCUGUGUGUGAAAUUAAGGCGACUUUUGAACAGCAGAAUGGCCUGUGUGGCUCUGGCAGCUGUCCGUCAUCUGAAUCCCUGUGCUCUUGCCUGGUGGACUCUGUUGACCUCGUCUGCAGUGGACUCUCGGAAAAGGCCUUAAGCAGUGAUGUCAUCGAUACCUCAGUGCCCACAGGCAAACGUGGACUCGAAGACUCCACCAUCCCGUCGGGAAAGAAGCCGAGACGAAGUCUUCCAAAUUUGCUCCAGAACACUCCUUCCUCUUGCACGGUCAGACGCAGGAACAGUGAACGACCGUCCCUGAGACGCAACGGAAAAAGCCAGAAACAGUCAAACAAUGUCCAGGUCCUACUCCAGCAGCAUGGAAAGACCACCGUGUGUGUGUGCUGAACCAUCCAAACUCAAAAACACACCAGCCGUCCUGUACUCAUAAACUGACAGUCAGAAAACAAUCACUGAUUUCUUUCACACUCAAAACUACUGAGAGACCAGGCUCAAAUGCUAUGAACGAUAUCGUCAACUGUGGGAGAUGUACAAUUUACAAGUAUUGAAGUUGUCAUUAUAAUAGAAGGUAUUCGCUGGUAUCAAUCAAUGACACACAUACACCUUUGGAUGUGGGAUUUAUGCUAUUGUCUGAUUUUUUUUACUCUAUUUAAGUAAGGGGGAUUGUAAGUUAUUACAUCAGUCCAUUUUCAUUUUAGAUGUUUUCUAACAUGUUGGGUUUUUUCCAUGUAUUUUUGCCUUCUUAUGUAUUUUAAUCCCAUAACUUCCAGUAUGUAUCAACAGGCAUUAAGGGUUUGACUUAAGAUACUUGCACUAAAGUGUAAUUCUUGUCCAUCUCCUGCCAUGACUACCAUGGAAGGGUUAUUUUCACAACAUUUAUGUAAUGCAGGCACAUCUUAAGUCUAGAGAUACCCUGAGGUUGUCCUUAUGUACAGUAUAUAUUCCAAAGAUGGAUAUAUGAAUAGAUAUAAAAGUUCAACUUUGAGAAAUGCAAUAUAUAUUUUUAUACAUCAUUCUGUCUCGCUCAACAAGCAAACAGGACUUAUAAGGUGUUUCUGAAGUCACACUGUCACAAAUAUUUAUACUCAUUCCAUAUAGGGUUUCAGCAGGAAAAAAGGUUACACCUGUGAUUUUUAAAUACAUGCAAAUUGUUUUAAAGUGUUUGUUUUUCGUUACUGGAUAACACUUUUGUCCAAAACUCAAGGUGCUGCUAUCUUUCAAUAAGUGAAUAA